UACUGCGUAAGUUGUAUCCCUUUUUUAACUUGCCACAGUGACAAAAAAUAUGGUUCUCCUUCGAGGAUGGAGGUAUGUGGCUUUCAUUUCUUGCAUUGUCGGCGGAGUUGGCGCAGCGCUAUACCCGAUUAUAGUGGAACCAAUGAUAAAUGUCGAAAAGUACAAAGAGUUGCAAAAACAUACCCGCGCUGGAAUUAAACAAGAGGAUAUUCAGCCUGGAAAUAUGAAGGUUUGGUCUGAUCCAUUUGGACGUAAAUAACAACACGUCUUAGUAUAAUAUUGUUAAAAUAAAAAAAAUUUCAACAUAUAUAAGCAGUUUUAUUCUUUAUGUAAUUAGAUCUAUGCUAAGGCUGUCGCAUAUCAAUAUUUUCAUGUCCACAAUUUAAUAAACAACCGAAUACUGCAAAUUCAGUUAUAAGUCGGA